CCGGGUGGUCGGGAUCGGGAACCCAGGGAAAAGGCUUUUACUGGCUUGGGAGCGCCGGCGGGGGGUUCACCAGUGGAAAAACUUGCGGAGCAAGACGGGGCCUGGAAGGGGCACUGACAAGAGCGCUUGACCCGGAAGCGGAAGUAGGUACAGGUCGGCGGCCGCGGCGGGGACGGAAGGCGGAAGCAGAGCGGGAGCGGGAGGCGGAGCCGGAGGAGCUGCUCUUGUGGCUCCGCCUGGCCCCAGGCCCAGCUGCUCGAGGGGGAGGAGUUACCGCCGCUCUUCAGUACAUUACCUUUGCCCCUUCUAUCCAGCCCGUGGGUUCCCUGGUUGUCUUUCUCAGGGGCAACUCUAAGCUCUGCCCCCAGGUUUUCCUUAAGGGCCGCAAGGUCUCCUCCCUUUUCUGGCAGUCUGCGGCCCCCUUUUCCGGCAGUCUUUCCCUUUUUCGUAAGAGUGACUCUUGGACCACACCCUUUGCGGUACCUUCCUCUUUCCCUGAUUGAAGAUUAUAGCUUUCUGGGGAAAGAAAAAAAACUAAGAAGAUUUGGAGGAGGGGGAGGGAGCAAGCAUGGUGUGGUUAGUCUAGUUCUGGUUUAUUGGGGGUAGCGGAUGCCCCAAAAGAACCUGGGAAAAAAAGGGAAGUGGGUGCAUAAGUAUGUCCCCAAUUUAAGAUUAUUUAACUCGUCUCUUGGUUCCAUCCUUGACCAUCCUCACCUUGAUAUCUUUGUUACAGGCAUCAGAACAUACCAUGAUGGGGCCGGCCCGUGGCUCACUCGGGAGAGUGUGGUGCUGAGAACACCAAGGCCCCGGGUUCGGAUCCCAUAUACGGAUGGCCGGUUCGCUCACUGGCUGACCGUGGUGCUCACAACACCAAGUAAGAUCCCCUUACCGGUCAUCUUUUAAAAAAAAAAAAAAAAAAAAAAAGAACAUACCAUGAUGGCUGUGACCUAAAACCCUCAGGAAGCCCCUGGGUCAUGGCCCAGAAGCACCCCGGAGAAAGAGGGUUGUGUGGAGCCCACCACAGGAGUGGUGCCUCCCUCAGGACUUCAGGACCUUCCGUGGACCCUGAAAUACUUUCAUUCUCAGGACUCAGGGACUCAGCAGGGAAUGCUCCUAAUGGUACCAGCUGCCUCACAGAGCACUCUGGUCCUAAGUACACACAGCCCCCAAACCCAGCCCACUGGUCGGAUCCAAGCCAUGGCCCCCCAAGGGGUCCAGGACCACCUAGGGAUGGAGAGGAACCUGAUCAGAGUGAGGCAUCUUCAGAAGAAGAGUCAGGAGUGGACCAUGAACUCUCAAGAGAGAAUGAGGCUGGGUACCAGGAGGAUGGGAAUCCUUCUUUUCUUUCCAUUCCAUCUGUUUGCAACUGCCAGGGAGCCCUUGGAAUCCCUGAAGGUCCUUACUCUGAGGGAGGAGAUGGCUCUUCUAGCAACUUUUGCCACCAUUGUACCUCUCCAGCCUUGGGGGAAGAUGAAGAGUUGGAAGAGGAAUAUGAUGAUGAAGAACCUCUUAAGUUCCCCCGUGACUUUUCACGUGUGUCCAGUGGAAAGAAACCCCCAUCCCGGAAACAGCGGCAUCGCUUUCCAACCAAGGAGGAUACUCGGGAGGGUGGACGUAGAGAUCCCAGGUCCCCUGGUCGACAUCGUCUGGGCCGGAAACGAAGUCAGGCAGAUAAACGCAGAGGCCUGGGAUUGUGGGGAGCAGAGGAACUAUGUCAGCUUGGACAGGCAGGCUUCUGGUGGCUGAUUGAACUGCUGGUAUUGGUGGGAGAGUACGUGGAAACUUGUGGCCAUCUCAUCUAUGCAUGCAGGCAACUGAAAGGCAGUGAUCUGGACCUUUUUCGAGUUUGGGUGGGAGUGUGGGCAGGGUGGCUGGGGGGCUGGGCCCAGGUGAUGUUCCAGUUUCUAAGCCAGGGGUUUUACUAUGGGGCAGGGCUAUUAACCCGUUUUCUUAGGCUAAUAGGUGCUCUGUUACUCCUGGCUCUGGCCCUCUUUUUGGGCUGUCUACAGUUGGCCUGGAGGUUUCUGGUGGGGCUGGGUGACCGGUUAGGCUGGAGGGAUAAGGCCACCUGGCUCUUCUCUUGGUUGGAUUCUCUGGCCUUGCAGCGUUGUGUGACUCUACUGAGACAUAGCAGGCCAUGGCAGCGGCUGGUAAGAAUAGUUCAGUGGGGUUGGCUGGAAUUACCUUGGGUCAAGCAGAGGUAUAAUAGGCAGGGGACUGCACCUGCAGCUAGUGGGCGCUACUGCCAGCCUGAAGAGGAAGUGGCUAGACUCUUGACCAUGGCUGGGGUUCCUGAGGAUGAGCUAAACCCUUUCCACGUGCUGGGGGUUGAAGCCACAGCAUCAGAUGUUGAACUGAAGAAGGCCUAUAGGCAGCUGGCAGUGAUGGUUCAUCCUGACAAAAAUCAUCAUCCUCGGGCUGAGGAGGCCUUCAAGGUUUUGAGAGCUGCUUGGGACAUUGUCAGCAACCCUGAAAGGCGGAAGGAAUAUGAGAUGAAACAAAUGGCAGAGAAUGAGUUGAGCCGGUCAGUGAAUGAGUUUCUGUCCAAGCUGCAAGAUGACCUCAAAGAGGCAAUGAAUACUAUGAUGUGUAGCCGAUGCCAAGGAAAGCAUAGGAGGUUUGAAAUGGACCGGGAACCUAAGAGUGCCAGAUACUGUGCCGAGUGUAAUAAACUGCAUCCUGCUGAGGAAGGAGACUUUUGGGCAGAAUCAAGUAUGUUGGGCCUCAAGAUCACCUACUUUGCACUGAUGGAUGGAAAGGUGUAUGACAUUACAGAAUGGGCUGGGUGUCAACGUGUGGGAAUCUCCCCAGAUACCCACAGAGUCCCCUAUCACAUCUCAUUUGGUUCUCGGAUCCCAGGCACCAGUGGGCGGCAGAGAGCCACCCCAGAUGCCCCUCCUGCUGACCUUCAGGAUUUCUUGAACCGUAUCUUUCAAGUACCCCCAGGCCAGAUGUCCAAUGGGAACUUCUUUGCAGCUCCUCAGCCUGGCCCUGGGGCCACGGCAGCCUCCAAGCCCAACAGUACAGUACCCAAGGGAGAAGCCAAACCGAAGCGGCGAAAGAAAGUGAGGAGGCCCUUCCAACGUUGACACCCCUUUUCUUCUCUUUAAAUCAAUGUCAGGGAGUCAAAAGGGCUGUGUACAGCACAGGAUGGAGUUUGAUUUGUUUAUUUUUAAAUAUUUUAAAAAGGGAAAAUUUUAAGCUUAAAUCGUUCACUCAGUACUUGUAAGAACCCUUCCCGCCCCCCUCCCCAGUACCCGGGAACUGAAUCUUGUCUUCUGACAAUACCAAAGAAAUAGGGGGUGGCUACAGCAAAGAACCUAGGGCCUGGACCUGGGCUGGACAAUAUAUCCCUUUGAGGUGUAGAAUCAGUAUUUCCUUGGGGUCUGUAUGCCUUUGUCUUGUUGUUUGCUUUUAGAGCAGGUGAUACUUCACCUUUCCCCCUCCCUUUUUAAAAAACAAUGAGUCUAUCUUAUUUCUUGAUCCAUUUCAGGAGGGAGUCCCUUCCUUUACUAUGAUAUACGAGAGAGUUAGAAGAGAGAACAAGGAAGCAUGUAGCCCUAAUUAUGGGAGAUGUGUGGAGUUCAGAGUGGAAACUCUGAAUUUUUCCUUACUUUCACACUGUGGGUAAAUCACCCAACUUCAAGCUUAUUGCUAAAAGGAAGGCCAAAAUUAGUAAUUUUUUUUUUAAAAGAUGACCAGUAAGGGGAUCUUAACCCUUGACUUGGUGGUGUCAGCACCAUGCUCUCCCAAGUGAGCCACGGGCUGGCCCUUAAAAUUAGUAAUUUUUAAAACACAGACUUAUGCCCUCUGCCCUUGAGUGAGGGGAAGUGAUAAGGGGGUUCCUAAAAGCCCCCUUGUGAUCAAAGGGUAUUUUUUUAGGUUUGUUUAUAUUUGUAUGUACAUAUCUAUUUAAAGCCAGGGGAUUAUCUUUCUAUAAAUAUAUAACUGGCAACCUGUAUCUUCCCUCUCUUUGCCCAUAUAG